CCAUCUAGAUUUUGUUGCUCUAUCUGGGAGAAAGACUGCAGCUCCACCAUGAAGCAGUGUGUGGUAUUGAUGAUGACCUUCCUGUGCGUCCAUGGGGCCCCUGUGGACGUUUUGGCCCCAGGAUCCUGCCAAGAUGCGGUAGCUAGCGGUGCUGCUGCUGAAGCUAUGAACAAAAUCAAUCUGGACCGCACAGAGGGCUACGUUUUCAGCCUUGAUCGUCUCACCAAUGUCCAUCAUAUGAAGCAUGGUGAGACAGGAAUUGUCUUCUAUCUCACAUUUGAUGUUUUGGAGACCAAGUGUCAUGCCAUCAGCAAGAAAAACUGGAGAAAUUGUGAAAGCCGAAACCCUGAACAGUACCCAGUCUAUGGACAGUGCAAGGCCGUUAUGUACAUGAACAGAGUUCACAGAGUGAGCCGCCUGUACAAGUAUAGCUGUACCGUGAGACCAGUGCCUGCCUCCAAAAUCAGAGAACGGUGCCCAGAUUGCCCUGUGCAGCUCCCCGAGGAUCAUGAAGCAGCCUUGAGGACAGCGAAGAUGGGCAUGGAGAAAUACAAUAAUGAGAGUGCAUUGGCAAACUACUUUGUUCCUCUAAACAUUACAAGAGCUUUCUCUCAGCUUCACUUCGGAAGAUUCUACAGUGUGGAGUUCACCAUCCAAGAGACGGUCUGCUCUUCCAAAACCAAUACUGCUGAUGUCUCUGAAUGUGAGGUCAUGGCAUGCGAGUUUGCGCACAAAGGAUUCUGCAAAGCCUCUCACACUGUCACAGCCACCGGCGAGGAGCACCUCAGUGUUCAGUGCGAAAUCUUUGAACCAGAGGCUGCUGAAGAAGAGAAGAAAAAACAUUUGAUUGGAGGUGAACUGGAUCACAGCCAUAGCAGCACAACUGGCUCGGCUACUGGACACGACCAUGACUAUGACCACACCAAACUGCUCGCACAUAAACAUGACCAUGAACACACCUCAGGCCACCACCACACACACGAACAUGGCAAGGGUCAUGGACACACCCACUCUCACGAUCAUGACCAUGCACACGCCCAUCACGCCAAAGCCCAUGAGCACGGCCACCACCACACACACGAACAUGGCAAGGGUCAUGGACACACCCACUCUCACGAUCAUGACCAUGCACACGCCCAUCACGCCAAAGCCCAUGAGCACGGUCAGGACGAGUGGGAGCACCAUCACCACCAGUAUGGUCACAAAAAUGGCGAGACCCAUGAACAUGACCAUGAGCAGGUCCUGGACCACGAGCACAAACACAGACAUCUCCAUGAGCACGAGCACCACCACCACGAUCAUGAGAAUCAAACUACAGUUAAGCGUCCUGUUGGCAUGGUCAAUGUCCUUCCUCCCAUGGAUAAGCCCAUGACCCUUCCAUCCUUCCCUGACAAACCCGCUGCAGGACCAGAGCAGCCCUCCACCCUCCCGUUCCACCCUGACCCCCAGAUACCAGGACAAAGGGAACCCACCAUCCAUCCCUUCCCUGACACCAUGUCCCCUGAGUGUCCUGCACAGUCUAACAUCCAAAACGGACUCCUCAAGCAGGUCAUCAGUGAGGAUCCGCUCUUUAAUCCCACUGUGUAGAGUCCUUUGAAUAAUUAAUGUAGAGUGUAAUAAA